GCGGGGGCCGGGGCGAAGCCGCCGCCGCGGAGGGGAGGGGACGGGGCGAGGCGAGGGGAGCGUGUGGGGGGGCGGAAUGCGCCCCGAGUGACGGCCUGAGCCGCCAUCCGGGCACCGCGGCGGGGGGAGCGCCCGGGAGGAGCGCGGCCGGCAGGGAGGGGGCGCUGGGCCCUUCGCUCCCCGCCCCGAGCCCUCCUCCCUGCGGCCUGCGGCGGCCCGGCAUGGGGGAGCGGGGGCGGCCGGCCGGGCACUGAGCGGCGCUGUUGGGUUCCCGAGCGGCGGAGGAGCGGGGACAGCGAGCUCGGCCCCCCCCCGCGGGGCACCCCCCGACAACGAUCACCGGCUCCGCCGCCUCGGCCACCAUGGCGGAGAACUUACUCGACGGGCCGCCCAACCCCAAGCGAGCCAAGCUCAACUCGCCGGGCUUCUCCGCCAGCGAUAGCACAGAUUUUGGAUCUUUGUUUGACUUGGAAAAUGAUCUUCCUGAUGAGCUGAUCCCCAAUGGCGAGUUGGGCCUUUUGAACAGCGGUGGGAACCUCGUUCCAGAUGCAGCUUCCAAACACAAACAACUUUCUGAACUUCUAAGGGGAAGCAGCGGCUCUUCCUUAAACCCAGGAAUGGGCAAUGUGAACUCCAGCAGCCCCGUGCAGCAGGGAGUCGGCGCUCAAGUGCAAGGGCAGCCGAACAGCGCGAACCUCGGGAAUCUGGGAGCGAUGGGUAAGAGCCCUCUGAACCCGGGAGACUCGUCUGCUGCGGGCCUGGCCAAGCAGGCAGCCAGCACCUCUGGACCUACCACACCUGCAUCCCAAACCCUGAACUCUCAAGCACAAAAACAAGUGGGGAUGGUGACGAGCAGCCCUGCAACAUCACAGACUGGACCUGGGAUAUGUAUGAAUACUAAUUUCAGUCAGACACACCAGAGCCUUCUCAACAGUAAUUCUGGUCACACUUUAAUGAAUCAGCCUCAGCAAGGACAAGGGCAGGUAAUGAAUGGAUCUCUUGGGGCAGCUGGAAGAGGAAGGGGAGCAGGAAUGCAAUAUUCUGCCCCUGCCAUGCAGGGGAAUGCAGGCAGUGUGCUGGCAGAGACUUUAACCCAAGUAUCUCCACAGAUGGCUGGGCACACCGGGCUGAACACAGCACAGACAGGAGCAAUGACUAAAAUGGGAAUGACAGGUAACACUAGUCCCUUUGGGCAGCCUUUCAGUCAAACUGGAGGGCAGCAGAUGGGAGCUACAGGAGUGAAUCCUCAGUUACCAACCAAGCCAGGCAUGGCCAAUAGUCUGUCUCCCUUUCCUGCUGACAUCAAGAGUACUCCCGUCACCAGUGUGCCAAACAUGUCCCAGAUGCAAACCCAGGUGCAGCAGGUGGGGAUCGUCCCGACGCAGGCCAUGGCCACCGGUCCGACGGCGGACCCGGAGAAGCGCAAACUGAUCCAGCAGCAGCUGGUCUUGCUGCUCCACGCCCACAAGUGUCAGCGGCGCGAGCAGGCCAACGGCGAGGUGCGGGCCUGCGCCCUCCCGCACUGCCGCACCAUGAAGAACGUCCUCAACCACAUGACGCACUGCCAGGCCGGCAAGGCCUGCCAAGUUGCUCAUUGUGCAUCUUCGAGACAAAUCAUCUCCCACUGGAAGAAUUGUACCCGGCACGACUGUCCUGUGUGCCUUCCUCUGAAAAAUGCCAGUGACAAAAGAAACCAACAACCCCUUUUAGGGUCUCCAGCUGGUGGAAUCCAGAAUUCCAUCGGUUCUGUUGGCACAGGCCAGCAGAACACUCCAGCACUAAGUAAUCCCAAUCCGAUCGACCCCAGCUCCAUGCAACGAGCCUACGCUGCCCUGGGGCUGCCCUAUGGGAACCAGCCCCAAACACAGCUGCAGCCCCAGGUACAAGGCCAGCAGCCAGCACAGCCCCAGGCUCACCAGCAAAUGAGGACCAUUAAUGCACUGGGAGCCAACCAGAUGAACCUUCCUGCAGGAGGAAUAACAACAGACCAGCAACCCGGUCUAAUUUCUGAAACUGCUCUUCCAACAUCCCUUGGGACAAAUAACCCACUAAUGAAUGAUGGCACAAAUUCUGGCAAUGUUGGAAACCUCAGCUCAAUGCCCACGGCUGCACCUCCUUCGAGUACCGGGGUAAGGAAAGCAUGGCAUGAACAUGUCACUCAGGACCUGCGCAAUCAUUUAGUGCAUAAACUUGUCCAAGCCAUCUUCCCCACUCCUGAUCCAGCAGCACUGAAGGAUCGACGCAUGGAGAACCUGGUGGCUUAUGCCAGGAAAGUGGAAGGAGAUAUGUAUGAGUCUGCUAAUAGUAGGGAUGAAUACUAUCAUUUAUUAGCAGAGAAAAUCUAUAAGAUACAAAAGGAGCUGGAAGAGAAGCGGAGGUCUCGUCUCCACAAACAAGGGAUGUUGGGGAACCAACCAGCCUUACAGACCCCAGGGCCCCAGCCCCCCGGGAUCCCCCAGGUGGCUGCUGCCAUGGGCCAGGCACAGCCCGUCAGGCCACCCAAUGGGCCAAUGUCCAUGCCAACCGUGCCUAUAAGUCGUAUGCAGGUUUCUCAAGGAAUGAAUCAGUUUAACCCCAUGUCCAUAGGGAAUGUACAGAUGCCACAAGCCCCCAUGGGACCGCGGGCGGCGUCUCCGAUGAACCACCCGGUGCAGAUGAACAACAUGGGAGCCGUCCCCGCGAUGGCAAUGUCUCCUUCCCGAAUGCCUCAGCCACAGAACAUGAUGGGAGCUCAUUCCAACAACAUGAUGGGUCAGGCUCCCACCCAGAACCAAUUCCUGCCCCAGAAUCAGUUCCCUGCAUCCACUGGGACAAUGAAUGUGAACAAUGUGGGCAUGGGUCAGUCAACAGCUCAGGCUGGGGUGGCACAGCAGGGGCAGGUUCCCAGUGCUGCUCUUCCCAACUCCAUGAACAUGCUGGGGCCGCAGGGCGGGCAGUUGCCGUGUCCCCCGGUGACGCAGCCGCCUCUGCACCAGACCACGCCUCCCGUGUCCUCUGCUGCUGGGAUGCCGCCCAUGCAGCACCCCACGCCGACGGGAAUGACUCCUCCCCAGCCAGCAGCACCCACCCAGCCAUCCACACCGGUCUCGUCCUCGGGACAAACUCCGACCCCGACGCCGGGUUCUGUCCCCACCGCGACCCAGGCCCAAAGCACCCCCACGGGGCAGACGGCAGCCCAGGCCCAGGUCACACCGCAGCCCCAGACCCCAGUCCAGCCCCAGUCUGUGCCAACCCCGCAGCCAGCCCAGCAGCAGCCAACAUCUGUGCAGGCACAGCCACCUGGCACUCCACUAUCCCAGGCAGCAGCUAGUAUUGAUAACAGGGUCCCCACCCCUGCCUCAGUUGCUAGUGCUGAUACGAAUUCCCAGCAACUAGGACCAGAUGCACCAAUGCUAGAAAGCAAAUCAGAAGUUAAAACUGAAGAAACUGAGCCAGAGACUAGUGAGACACAAGUGGAAGCUAAGACUGAGGUGGAGGAGGAUUUACAAGGAUCUUCACAAGUAAAAGAAGAAGCAGAUGGAACAGAACUGAAACAGGAGCCAAUGGAAAUAGAAGAAAAGAAGCCUGAAAUGAAAGUAGAGGUUAAAGAGGAGGAGGAGAGCAGCACUAAUGGAACCACUUCCCAAUCCACAUCACCGUCUCAGCCCCGCAAGAAAAUUUUCAAGCCCGAGGAGCUGCGCCAGGCUCUCAUGCCCACCCUUGAAGCGUUGUACCGGCAGGACCCCGAGUCUCUGCCUUUCAGACAGCCUGUGGAUCCCCAGCUCUUAGGGAUUCCGGACUAUUUCGACAUCGUGAAGAACCCCAUGGAUCUCUCCACCAUCAAACGGAAGCUGGACACGGGGCAGUACCAGGAGCCGUGGCAGUACGUGGACGACGUGUGGCUGAUGUUCAACAACGCGUGGCUGUACAAUCGCAAGACUUCCCGGGUCUACAAGUUUUGCACUAAACUGGCGGAGGUGUUUGAGCAAGAGAUCGACCCCGUCAUGCAAUCACUUGGCUACUGCUGUGGGCGCAAGUACGAGUUCUCUCCACAGACCUUGUGCUGCUAUGGGAAGCAAUUGUGCACCAUUCCCCGGGACGCUGCCUACUACAGUUACCAGAACAGGUAUCACUUCUGUGAGAAGUGUUUCACUGAAAUCCAGGGGGAGAAUGUCACCCUGGGUGAUGACCCUUCCCAGCCUCAAACAACCAUCUCCAAGGAUCAGUUUGAAAAGAAGAAGAACGACACCCUAGAUCCGGAGCCGUUUGUUGACUGCAAAGAAUGUGGUCGGAAGAUGCACCAGAUUUGUGUGUUACAUUAUGAUAUUAUUUGGCCUUCAGGGUUUGUCUGUGAUAAUUGCCUGAAGAAAACCGGUAGAACACGCAAAGAAAACAAAUUCAGUGCUAAAAGGCUGCAGACAACACGUUUAGGAAACCAUUUGGAAGACAGAGUGAACAAAUUCCUGCGGCGACAGAAUCACCCUGAGGCUGGAGAGGUCUUUGUCAGAGUAGUAGCGAGUUCAGAUAAGACAGUAGAAGUCAAACCAGGAAUGAAAUCCAGAUUUGUGGACUCUGGUGAGAUGUCAGAGUCCUUCCCUUACCGAACCAAAGCUCUGUUUGCGUUUGAGGAGAUCGACGGGGUGGACGUUUGUUUCUUCGGGAUGCACGUGCAGGAGUACGGCUCGGAUUGCCCCCCUCCGAACACCAGGCGUGUGUACAUCUCCUACCUAGACAGCAUCCACUUCUUCCGCCCCCGCUGCCUCCGGACCGCAGUUUAUCACGAAAUCCUCAUUGGAUAUUUGGAAUAUGUGAAGAAACUCGGGUAUGUGACAGGGCACAUCUGGGCCUGUCCCCCCAGUGAAGGAGAUGAUUAUAUCUUCCAUUGCCACCCACCUGACCAGAAAAUACCCAAGCCCAAACGUUUGCAAGAGUGGUAUAAGAAGAUGCUGGACAAGGCAUUUGCUGAGAGAAUCAUUCAUGACUACAAGGACAUCUUCAAACAAGCAACUGAGGACAGGCUGACCAGUGCCAAGGAGCUGCCUUACUUUGAGGGGGAUUUCUGGCCCAACGUGCUGGAAGAAAGCAUUAAGGAGUUGGAGCAGGAGGAGGAGGAGAGGAAGAAGGAAGAAAGCACUGCAGCAAGUGAGACAACAGAGGGGAGCCAGGGCGACAGCAAGAACGCCAAGAAAAAGAACAACAAAAAAACCAACAAGAAUAAGAGCAGCAUCAGCAGAGCCAACAAGAAGAAGCCCAGCAUGCCCAACGUGUCCAAUGACCUGUCUCAGAAGCUCUAUGCCACCAUGGAGAAGCAUAAAGAGGUCUUCUUUGUGAUCCAUUUACAUGCCGGGCCCGUCAUUAACACCCUGCAUCCCAUCGUGGACCCGGACCCGCUGCUGAGCUGUGAUCUGAUGGAUGGGCGAGACGCCUUCCUCACCCUGGCCCGGGAUAAGCACUGGGAGUUCUCCUCUCUGCGCCGCUCCAAGUGGUCCACGCUGUGCAUGCUGGUGGAGCUGCACACCCAGGGGCAGGAUCGCUUCGUCUACACGUGCAACGAGUGCAAGCACCACGUGGAGACGAGGUGGCACUGCACUGUCUGCGAGGACUACGACCUCUGCAUCAACUGCUACAACACUAAGAGCCAUGACCACAAGAUGGUUAAGUGGGGCCUGGGUCUGGACGAUGAGAGCAACAGCCAAGGAGAGCAGCAGUCCAAGAGCCCCCAGGAGUCGCGACGGCUGAGCAUCCAGCGCUGCAUCCAGUCCCUCGUCCACGCCUGCCAGUGCCGCAACGCAAACUGCUCCCUGCCAUCCUGCCAGAAGAUGAAACGGGUUGUCCAGCACACCAAGGGCUGCAAGCGCAAGACCAACGGUGGCUGUCCGGUGUGCAAACAGCUCAUCGCUCUUUGCUGCUACCAUGCCAAACACUGCCAAGAGAACAAAUGCCCCGUGCCAUUCUGUCUCAAUAUCAAACACAAGCUCCGACAGCAGCAGAUCCAGCACCGCCUGCAGCAGGCUCAGCUCAUGCGCAGAAGGAUGGCGACCAUGAACACCCGAAACGUGCCUCAGCAAAGUUUGCCUUCUCCUACCUCAGCAACGCCUGGUACCCCCACACAGCAGCCAAGUACACCGCAGACACCGCAGCCUGCCCCCCAGCCCCAGCCCUCCCCUGUAAGUAUGUCACCGGCCGGCUUUCCCAGUGUGUCCAGAACCCAGCCCCCCACCACCGUCUCGACAGGAAAACCCGCAAACCCGGUGUCCGCGCCUCCGCCUCCGGCUCAGCCCCCGCCGGCCGCCGUGGAAGCGGCUCGGCAGAUCGAGAGAGAGGCUGCCCAGCAGCAGCAGCAGCUCUACAGGGUCAACAACAUGAACAAUGGUUUGCCUCCCGGCCGCCCGGGACUCGUGAACCCCGCGGUGGGUUCGGUGAACCAGAUGCCGCAAGUCAACAUGAAUGUACCGCGCCCCAACCCCGUGAGCGGCCCCGUCAUGUCCAACAUGCAGCCCGGGCAGUGGCCGUCGCCGCCGAUGCCGCAGCAGCAGCCGAUGCAGCCGGGGAUGGCCAGGCCGGUGAUGCCGAUGGCGACGCCGCAGGCCGUGGCCGGGCCCAGGAUGCCAGGCGUGCAGCAGCCGCCGCGCAGCAUCACCCCGAACGCACUUCAGGACUUGCUGAGGACCUUGAAAUCACCAAGUUCUCCGCAGCAGCAACAGCAGGUUCUUAAUAUCCUUAAAUCCAACCCUCAGCUUAUGGCAGCUUUUAUAAAGCAAAGAACAGCCAAAUACGUGGCGAACCAGCCCGGGAUGCAGCCGCAGGCAGGGAUCCAGCCCCAGCCCGGGAUGCAGCAGCCGCAGACCGGGAUGCAGCAGCCCGGCAUGCACGCGCAGGCGGGACUGCAGAACAUGAACGCCAUGCAAGCAGGAGUGCAGAGACCCAGCGUCCCGCCGCAGCAGCAGGGGAUCGGAGCGAUGAAUCCCCAGGGACAGGCGAUCAACAUCAUGAACCCCGGCCACAACCCCAGCAUGGCCAACAUGAGCCCGCAGUACCGAGAGAUCCUGAGGCGGCAGCUACUGCAGCAGCAACAGCAGCAGCAGCAGCAGCAACAGGGAGGGGCCGGCAUGGCAGGAGGGAUGGCAGCACACAACCAGUUCCAGCAGCCCCAAGGGCCGGGAGGUUACCCCCAAGCCAUGCAGCAGCAGCGGAUGCAGCAGCACCUGUCCAUACAGGGCGGUUCCAUGGGACAGAUGGCUCAGAUGGGACAGCUGAACCAGAUGGGCCAGCCCGGCCUGGGGGCGGACGGCGCUCCCAACAUCCAGCAGGCCCUGCAGCAGCGCAUCCUGCAGCAGCAGCAGAUGAAGCAGCAGAUAGGGUCCCCCGGGCAGCCCAACCCCAUGAGCCCACAGCAGCACAUGCUCUCAGGACAAGCGCAGGCGUCUCAUCUCCCUGGCCAGCAGAUCGCCACCUCCCUCAGCAACCAGGUGCGGUCCCCAGCACCCGUUCAGUCUCCCCGUCCCCAGUCCCAGCCACCACAUUCCAGCCCGUCACCCCGGAUACAGCCCCAACCGUCACCGCACCACGUCUCUCCCCAGACUGGUUCCCCCCACCCAGGACUCGCAGUCACUAUGGCUAGUUCCAUGGAUCAGGGACACUUGGGCAACCCAGAACAGAGUGCAAUGCUUCCCCAACUAAACACCCCCAACCGGAGCGCGUUGUCUAACGAGUUGUCUCUGGUUGGUGACACCACCGGGGACACAUUAGAGAAAUUUGUGGAGGGUUUGUAGCAUUAUGGGAGCAUCACUUUUGUUUCUUCUUUCCUUUCGUGUUCUUGGAUAUUUUGUACUGAAAAAUUCAGACAUCUGGGUUGUUUUGAAUCCUAGAUGGAACUGCUGCUUCCUACAGAUGGAAGAAUUAAUUGCUGUUUAAAAAUAAAAAGAAAAAAAAAACAAUACAAAGAAUAUAUUUUUUUGUUAAAGCCAGGCGGUUAAAAUAUCUGGUCUCUUUUGUGGGUUUUUUUGGUUUUUAUUUUUUUGUUGCUGUUGACUCAUACCUUUUUUUUAACGGGGAAAACAAGUUCAUUAUAUUCAUAUUUUUUAUUUGUAUUUUCAAGACUUUAAACAUUUGCGUUUAAAAGAAGAAAAAAAAAUAAUAUUCAGAAACUGUUUCCUGAAAUAAUGCAACAUUAUAGCGUAUCCCGGUAACUUUGACACAUGGCGGGAAGAUUUUUGUUUUCUAUAGUGAACUCUGCAGGCGUUUGAAGUAUUACCCCUGGGAAGAUAGGAAUUGACUCUUGCACACAUUGGCCAACGCCAAAAUCCUUGUCUUGCAGAUGUAGAAAUUGUUGCUUUGUUUCUCUGAUAAAACUGGUCUUAGAUGAAAAUAGGGAUGAUCACUCUUAGGCCGUGCUGAUCUGGAUAGAGAAGAAACAUUCUUUUCUUUCUUUCUUCUGUGUGAAACUUGAAACGAGGAAAGCAAUUCUAGUGUAAAUCAUGCAAGCGCUAUAAUUACUAUAAAUAAGAAAAUCCAAGAAGAUUCAAUCACUGUAUAGAAUGGUAAAAAGAAAAAAAAAAACUCAUUUCUUACUUAUAAUAUCAUAUUGUUAAAAUAAACUGUGUGCAACAGACAAAAAGGGUGGUCCUUCUUGAAUCCAUGUACAUGGUAUUAACACUUAGUGUUUGGGUUUUUUGUUAUGAAAAUGCUGUUUUCAACAUUGUAUUUGGACUAUGCAUGUCUUUUUUCCAUUGUAUAUAAAGUAUUGCUUAAAAUUGAUAUAAAUUACUGAAGUUUUUAACAUGUAUUCUGUUCUUUAAAAUCCAUGUAAGAAUGUUUAAGGUUUUUAUUUAUUUAUAUAUUUUUUUUUUUUGGAUCAUGUUCUUUGUAAGACAUAGCUAUGACGAUUCACUCAUGACCCGGAGCAGCCAGAGGCAGCGGUAGGAGUGGCACGAUCCAUGGAUGUUGUAGGUAGCAAUGUCUGUUUUACAACACCUUUAGCGAUUGUUUCCUUUUCGGGGAGGGAGAGGAGAAGGGGAAUGGUUCCCAGCCAUCGACUCUUUGCAGGUGUUCAUCCAUAAGGGUUAACUGGAAUAAAUUAUUAAUAGCCGUUGCUUUUUAAAAACUGCAUUAAUUUAGAGAAGGAUCACCAAUGAAAGGAAAAUAGAGAGUAUUGAGUUAAUUCUAGGCUAAUUUAUUUAGUCUACAGUAAAAUAUGAACCUAUUGACUUUAACACUAUUUUUCUGCUGUUAACUCUGAGUCUAGAUUUGAGGGUUUUCUGUGGAAUAAAAAAUAACAAAUCAUGUACAUGUUCCCUUUAAUAUCCUGUCACAUGCCCUCCUGUCCCUGGGAUACUCACCCCUCCUCCCCUCAGUGAAUUGCUCUCUUGGAGUUAAAAAGUCCAGGGCACUUUCCCAGCGUAGGUGUGAGCUCGAACCACGCCGAGCCGUAACCGCCAUCCCUCAGACCUCAAGGCUCCUCCAUUCCAUGCGCCUGGCAUGGGCUUUGCAGCGAUUCCAGCAGGGAAUCCCGCCUGGCAGCGGGAGCACCGGGCACACGUGGCUUUUCACAUCCAGUUAGUGCUUCCUCCAGCCUUAACGUUUUUCUUGGAGUGCUGUUGGGGGAGGAUGGGGGGGAGAAGAGCAAGGAUUUAUCUCAACUUUUAUUCCCCGUACUGUGAAAACAGCGCCCGGCGGCGCCUUUUUAACUGGAGAGGGUCUCUGCUUCAACUUUUCUUGCAAACUUUUAAACUCUUGUACCUUUUUCACCACCAUCGGAUUCAUCUGCCCACGCAAUUGUCUUCAGCAAUUCAAGAUGUCAAAAUUUGGGGCUGGGCUGAGGUCAGUGAACACUAACCCAAAGCUUGUCCAAAAGAAAUUGCUGUUAAAAAAAAAAAAAAGGAGGAAAAAAAAAAAAGAUGGAAAGCCCUGAUGCUGUGUCUCAUGCUGUGUACUUAAAAAAGAGGAAAAAUACUAUAUUUGUGAUCAAAAAGAGGAAACUUGAAAUGUGCUGGUGUUUCUAAUAAAAGCUGGUAAAACUGCUUGGAUUGAA